AUGAACAAGAAUCUCCAUUCACCAAAAAUUCUCACAGAAUUUGCUCGAGACUUUGAAGAAGAACCGUCAACUUUAUUUAAUAAACUUGUUAAGUUGACGGCGAGUAUAUACAACAGUGGAAGUGAAACUUCAUCAAACGAUAAUCAUAACGUGGAAAAUAAAACCAGCCCAAUAAAUAAUGUGCAUGAAGAAAAACAAGAAAGCUUAAAUAAUGUACAGACUCAACUUUCUAAUCAAGUUCCAUGUUACGGGCCAAGUUUUGUUCAUGAACGAACUUCAAUAAACGUACUCAAACGUUUGAGUAAUAUAGUCUCACAGAGAUCAACCAGCUAUCAAAACUACAAACAUACUGAGUUACAAAAACUUUGGAUGCCUGAUUCUACAUCGAUUGAAUGUUAUGACUGCUCAGCCAAAUUUUCAACUUUUCGUAGAAAGCAUCACUGUCGAUUGUGUGGGCAAAUUUUUUGUACGAAAUGUUGCAAUCAGGUUGUUCCUGGAAAAUUAAUCAACUGUACCGGCGGAAAAAACGAUCUUGCCAUCCAAAAUAUCGAUUCAGCAGAAGAUCGCGCGCAGAGAAAUCGGUUCAAAAAAUCGAUAAAUCGGCUAGCAAAGAUCGAUUUUGCAAAAAUGGGAUCGAUCUUGCCCAUUGCUAGAAAAGGCCACUUGGCGGCGGUUUGCGAUACUAGAUCGAAGCAUAACGUGGAGGAACAGAAUGCGUUUCCCGAGGAGGAGGUGUCUGAUGAAUGCAUCGAAGCACAGCAAAACUUCAUAAGUGAUUUGAAAGUAUGUACAUAUUGCUCCAAAGUUGUGCUUACGUAUCUUAAAUCUUCCAACAUUACCGCUGAUUUGAAGUCGGACCUCAAGGCUUUACAGGAUGAUCUUUCAAAUAAAUUAUCAUCAAAUAGCUUUUGUAAUCCGAACGAUGGCGAUACUUAUACCAUUACUUCUCAAAGGCGCAAAGUAUCUGUUGGUUACCAAGAAGAGCGUUUUGUCUCUACACAGACGACGACUAUGUCAAGCGCUGACCGAAAAUCUAUUCUACAACAAUCAAGCUCUUUGCGUGCAUUAUAUGAAGAAAUGAUCAAGGUGUUACCUAAUGUGAAUCGUGGGCUGAAUUUAACAUCAUACCUGAUAAACACCCAAAAAUCAUCAAACAAUAGGCAAGCCUUAGCAAUACUAAACGCAAUGACUGAAGCUGGUUUUCUGAUACCACUUUUGGUGGAUACUACACAGUUUUCGUAUACCGAACCAGAAAGUGAAGAAGCGAGUUCAUUUAUUGUGUUCGACGAAAAUUUGGAAUAUAAAUUUCUUUGGCAUGAUGAUCAAGUUUCUCAAUCUGGAUCGUACGAGCUUGACGUAGACUUCAAAUCAAAUUCUGUACAUAUAAUGCGACCGAACAUCAUUGACGCUCAUGAACCUGUGACAAAUAUGACGCCAUCAAGCGCCCAAGCUGGUACACAGCUUUGUUCUAAUUAUCGUGAUACCGAUGUGGAUAGCUCAUUUUUAUAUUCAUCAGGGGCGAAACCACUCUUAGAAGCAUUUUGUGAACAUGAAGAACUUCUACUUAAUCAAUUACUGCGAAAUGAGUGCCUUGACACAACAUGGGCAAAAACGUUAAUUCCCAUUGCAGCUAGAGUGACAAAUACUAUUCGUCCACAAAUAAGCGGAUUGGUUGAUACAAUGGAUAUUCGAAAUCAUGUUUUUUUCAAAAAAGUACCAGGAGGUCAGCGUCACGAUUGCAAAAUAAUUGGAGGAGUAGUUUUCUCCAAAAACGUUGUUCAUAGACAAAUGCUGUCUUGCGUAGAUAAACCUAGAAUUUUGCUAUUGCAAUGUGCAAUUGCUUAUCAGCGCAUUGAGGGAAAAUUUGUCAGUUUCGAUACAUUGAUGCUGCAAGAGAGAGAUUAUUUAAAAAACAAAAUCACAAAGAUUCUUAGUCUUGGGCCAAACAUAAUUUUGGUACAUAAAAAUGUAGCAGGUAUUGCUCAGGACAUGCUUCGUAACAAUGGAGUCACUGUCGUACUAGAUGUCAAACUAUGCGUUAUGGAGAGAAUCGCUCGAUGCUUGGAAUGCGAUAUAUUAACAUCUAUUGAUUCCAAUGUUGGACAGCCUAAGCUCGGUACUUGUGAUACAUUCCACAUUCAAACGUUUUCUGAUGAACAAGGAAAUUGCAAAUCAUUGAUGUGCUUUGAAAAAUCGCACAGUCCGCGUGGUUGCUGUGUUUUAUUACGAGGAGGUAGUAGAAGUGAAUUGGUUAAGAUUAAAAAAGUGAUAUCGCUUUUACUUUUUGCACGAUAUAAUUGGCGUUUAGAGUUAUCAUAUCUAUGUGAUGUAUACGCCAGACCACCAUCUCCUCGACCCAAUUUUUUUGACACUGAAGAAGCGUGUACAACUGAUGAAUGUAGUGGUCCUCUCAAAAAUCUUAUGCAUGGCGUUUCAAAUAUAAGAAAGGAAGAAGACGUAACGAGAAAAACAAAUGUUAACUUCGAGAGCGUGGGAGAUUUCUCAGAUCCUUUAAGAGCCAUUGAUCUAUCACAAAACAUACUCGAUUCGGAGAAUUCGCUCGAUCUGAUGGUGGACACUACAAUUGAUAAUCGAUUUAAAACGGCACUCAGUAGCACAAUUCUUUCAAUAAGCCCAUUUAUGAACAUUCCAUUACCCUAUUUAGAAACAGUGAGUGGCCAAAAAUGCGCUUUGCGGUCCCGCUUUCCGUCGGAACUUUUUUAUUCUAAGUAUUUGAGCGAUCGGAUGCCUGAUAAACUUGUUUUACUAGACAUACCCAUGAAACAACAGGAAGAACUGGUGAAACUACUACCCAUUCACGAAUUCAUAUCACAUAAAAUUAGAUCCGCCGUAGACAGCAGGGAAAUUCAAGUUAUGCUUGCUGACUACCGGGCUUCUGGAGGGCGAUAUUUUAAACAAGCUACAAUGGGGAACGGUAGUAGUCGCAGCCAAUGUGCGAUAACUUGCCAUCAAAAAUCUCUCGAUGAGUAUAUUUACAAGGAUGCUCUUCAUCUCGAAAGUCAUCAGCGACUACCCGUAUUGUUUUGCAGUUUUUACUAUAAUUUAAACGCACCAUCAUCUUUUUGUGCUCAGCCAUCAUUUCUAAACAUGCAAUUCUAUGGACAUAAUGAUAUAAUGUUAGGCGAAUUCUUGGAACGUUACUGCUUUCGUAGCACGUAUAUAUGUAAAUCAUGUAAUGUACCAAUGAUGGAUCAUGUUCGGCGCUACGUUCAUUCACAAGGAUGUGUUCAGGUGAAAUUAAGUGAAGAUGUGAAUAAAUUGGAUACUGGUACGAUAUUGGUUACUUCCAAAUGUAACAUUUGCAAUGAAAUCACUACACCAACGCCUAUGUCUAAUGAUACUUGGUGUUACUCGUUUGCGAAAUAUUUGGAAUCGCGUUUUCAUGGACAUGCAUACAAAUGUAGAGGGUUAAAAAACCAUACAAAUUGUAAGCAUUCCCUCCAUCGUGAUCAUACACAGUAUUUUUCUUACAUGGGGUUAGUUGCUAGUUUCGCUUAUAACCCCGUGGAAAUGUGGGAAAUUCAUUUGCCAACGAUGAUCGUCCAGUUAAUACCUCCGAAAAUUACGUGCAACACCAAGCAAAUUGUGGAAGAUGUUAAAAAUUUUGCUAUAACCGGUUACGAGAUAUAUGCGAAAAUUUUCGAUAAGUUGGCAUAUCUUUCGGAAGAUACCGAUAGUUUUGCAAAGCUAAAAAAGAAAGCGAAUCAGGAUCAGAUGGGGUUUAAACAAAAUGUUGAAGUGAUUCAAACGUUGUUAACAGAACCAAAUGUACCUGCAGAUGAGAUCGAGAAUGCUAUGCUUCUACUCAAAAAGUCUUUGGCCGAAACAACGGACGAAUGGGAACCAAAGUUACAAGAAAUAAUGGUUCAAACUAGAUCGAAUCAGACAAAAUUGGAUCUAGCUAAUGUUGAUAGUGGCACAAUUGUAACAGAAGAUUUUACUUCAUCUAUCGAAGAUUCUUCAACAACGGAUAAAACUUUGAGUGAAACAUUUAUUUCUGAGGAAGGUAAAUCCGAUGAAUUAAUGUUUGAGUCCAUUACAGAAGGUAAUAAAAUAGACGAUAAACCGACCAAAGAUUUCGAAAGAAAGGGUGCCAAAAGUUUAUUUAGUCAACUUCUUUCUUCUAAUGAUUUGACACAUGUUUUAAACUCACCAUUGCCUGCAAACGAGCAUUAUAAUAUCAAAACAGGUUUGUUUCCAGUUAUGGUUGAUGAUCAGGAUGUUUCAUCGUGUAUAGCCUACAGUUUGGUGUCGCGCGAGUACUUAAAAGCACUGGACAAUUUAUAUUCAGAAACUGCGACCGACAGUAGUCCGAAUUUAAUGCGAAAAUCAUUGGAUAUCGGGUUGGUUACGGAGACUGAUGAUCUAAAUCAGAUAAAAUUAGAAAGCGGCGAGAUAAAAAAAAAUAAACAAAGUUACAUAGAAAUCCAUUUUCAGGAUUCAGUCACCAACUUUGUUUGCAAAGUAUAUUUUGCAAAAGAAUUUGAUCAGCUGCGAAAUAACUUAUUGAAACAACCAAUAACUAAAUCAGAAGACGUGCGUUACAAACAAACGGAUAUGCAUAAAAAGCCAAAUGAUACCCGAAAGAAUGAAGACAAUAAAGACUUACCUGGAAGCAUGUUUGCGCGUUCUUUUUGCAAAAGCAUUAAAUGGGAAGCACGAGGUGGUAAAAGUGGAUCAAAAUUUAGCAAAACUAUGGAUGAUCAAUUCGUUCUGAAAGAAAUGUCUAAAACAGAUAUUUCUCUUUUUGAAAACUUUGCUCCUAAUUACUUCGAUUAUCUGCAACAAUGUCUUUCAAAGGACCAACCCACACUGCUUGUGAAGAUUUUUGGAGUAUUCAAGGUUGCAAUACGAAGAAAAGACUUCACAUCCGUUGAGAAAACUGUUCUGGUGAUGGAAAAUCUCUUCAGUAACAAGGAUAUCUCAGAUAAAUUCGACCUCAAGGGAUCUCUUAGAAAUCGUAUGGUCGAUCCAAACCGCCAAACCGGUGAAAUUGUGCUCAUGGACGAAAAUCUCAUGCAAAUGUCUUGGACCAAUCCUCUUUACAUAUUCACUCACAGUCGAACAAUUCUCAAAGAAGCGAUAGAACAAGAUGCGUCUUUCCUCGAAAAAAAUGGUGUUAUGGACUAUUCGCUUCUAGUUGGCCUAGACAAUAAAAAACAUUUAUUGGUUGUUGGAAUUAUAGAUUAUAUUCGAACUUUUACCCUUGACAAACGUGUUGAAUCUAUCAUAAAACAGUCAGGAAUCAUGGGUGGCCAUGGAAAACUUCCUACCGUAGUUUCGCCAAAAAUGUAUAGAACUCGUUUCAGUGAAGCCAUGGAUAGAUAUUUCCUUGCAGUCCCAGAUCGAUGGGAAGGGUUAACAAAACACAGCUUACUAGAGUAUACUUAGACUUACAUUUGUCUCUAGUUUAUUGUAAAGAAUAUAUGUAUAGCUGUAACACGGGACGGUUUGGACCGGAGCCUUACUUUGUGAUUUGCGGGAGGCUUAAAUGCGCCACUCUCUUUCGAGAGACCCCCCACCUGAAAUAAAUAUUGUUGUUCUUGCCCAGCUAAUGAGACCCUCCUUAUAUUGGGCGGGUUUUAUUUGUUCCAAGAUUCCGACUCUGAAACGGUUCAACCUUACCGGAAACAACCUUGAUAUUCCAUCAAACCUUAGAGAAAACUACCAGGGAUGACAAACCAACAACACGAUGAAAUCGGUCUGGCCAAAUAGAUUCUACUGGCCGAUUAUCAUCACUGGGAAAAUUUCUCACUUUUGCUGUCUUAGAACGCUUCAGACUUGAAGCCAACCUCGCUCGCUUUUUCAUGGCAAAGCGAUUAGAAUAAAAUAAACCCAAAAAAUAUCCGAACUUCUAUUGGGUUCUUAACGGAAGCUUAACAGUGUUGAGUCUUUGAAAAAUACUGUUCUCAAAGCACGUGGGACGGGAAAGCUACGUGAAGCGGCAAAACGUUAUGAUGUACCAUAUGGAACGGUUCAUCGCCACCUUCGGGAGCGACAUACCUCAACUCUCAUUUUUACUGCAACCUCGAAAGUCACAUAAAAUGUGACCUGGCCAUGUGAGAUCUUUAAAACG